AAUGUCGAAGUCAGGAAACCCAGCCUAACACACACUUCUCACUCUGAUCAAACACAAAAUCGGAAUCAGAUUUAAACACGCGCCUCCUAAUCCGCUCAUUCCCAUGGCAACGUCGAAUCCUGCUGAUGAUUGGUAACCCCGAGUCAUGCACGAGCUCGCUCAGGCUUCAUAUAGCAUCACAUCUCACGGAGUUGCGUCUCUCUGAGCUUCGCUACCGGGACAUCUCGUGUUGCUGCAGCAGACUGAGCUUCAUCUUUUCCGUCAUGGUUGAGCAGUUUGUUGGAAGCUGGAAUUUGGUUUCCAGCGACAACUUCGACGAGUACAUGAAAGCUGUCGGUAUGGGGUUUGCCACCCGCCAAAUGGGCAACAUGACCAAGCCUAAACUAGUGGUCAGCGUGGGAGAAGAUGGGGUCAUUUCAAUGAAGGCUGAGAGCACUUUCAAGACCACAGAGAUAAAAUUCAAGCUGAAUGAGGAGUUUGAUGAGACAACAGUAGAUGGACGAAACACAAAGUCCAUAUUCACUUUUGAAAAUGGCAAAUUGAUGCAGAAACAAAUGUGGGAAGGAAAGACUACAACACUGGACCGAGAGAUUCAAGAUGGAAAACUUAUAACUACAUGUUUCAUGGAUGAUGUUGUUGCAGUGAGGACUUACGAGAAGGCGGCAUAACAUCGUUUAGUUAGUGCUUUGACCUCUUGUCAUCAUGAAGGUGUAUGCUCUGAGCUGUUGCAAAAAAAAUGGCAAUAAAGUUUUAACUGUAAA